UCAACUGCAUGUGUGCGCGUCAGAGCGCAUCUGAAGCAGAGACCGAUGCGCGCAUGCGUAAAGGAUGCUGAUGCUGAGGGAGAUCCGCGCGCGCAGAUGAUGGGCAUGUGAACGCGGGCCGGGGUUAGUCUUCACUGGACACCUUUGAUGAAAGGCUCAUGGGGUCUGAACGGGUGGAAAUGGGAAAACGACCAUCGCAGGAUGCUGGUAACGCCACCCAAGUGCACAGUACACCCCCCAAAGCUCAGAUGUCGGGAAAGCCGAACGCGCAAACCCUCGGCCGGCUCAAUGCUCCUCCGAACGCCUGCUGCUUCUGCUGGUGCUGCUGCUGUAGCUGCUCCUGUCUGACGGUACGCUCUGGCAAGGAGGAAAAGAUUCAGACGACGGUCGCAGACGAACAAGAGGAUGCCGAACCCGAGCAGAAGCUUGAGCUCACACUAGAGGAGGUGCAGUCUUGGUCAGAAUCCUUUGAGAAGCUCAUCAAGAGCCCUGAAGGUCGUGCACACUUCCAACAGUUCCUGAAGUUUGAGUUUAGUGAAGACAACAUGUUGUUCUGGCUCGCCUGCGAGGAGCUGAAGAAAGAGACCAACAGAACGACGGUAGAACAGACCGUGAAACGGAUAUAUGAGGACUACGUCUCUGUACUGUCACCUAAAGAGGUGAGUCUGGACUCGCGGGUGCGUGAACUGAUCAGCAGUAAGAUGCAGGACCCCUCCUCGUGCACGUUUGACGAAGCGCAACUGCAGAUCCACACGCUCAUGCAGCGAGACUCCUACCCGCGAUACAUAAACUCCAGCACCUACACGGACCUCAUAAAGAGCCUCCAACAGCCCGAUCAAUCCUAACACACGCACACAACAUCUGCAACUCAAAAACAAGCUUAGAGGAACCUUCCAGGUUAAACACAAAUUCAACACUACCACGCAACAGUUGUCCUCGAGUUUUAAAAAUUCAAUCAUUUUUGUGAUUUGGUGACACCUGCAGCAAAGAAAUGACACACUUUAACUUGCAUUCAACCUGGAACGUUCCUUUCCUAACAAUUCUCUGAAGCCUUUUGAUGUAGAUACGAUGGCAGCACCGUGACUGUGCCUUGCUUCACACGCUAGAGAAACUAAUACAGGUGUCAUGAAACACUGGUCCUGUCAGUUAGUUUCCAUGUGAAAUGAUAGAUGUCGCUUACAAGACACGGAUUCUGAACAAACGAACUCUAAAGUAUAUCUUCUGUGUAUGACCUGCAUGCAUGUUUUUAAAUGCAGCGAUUGCAUUUGAUACACGUAUGUAUACUGGAUAAUUGUACAAAUAGAUUGAAGUAUAAAUAAAGCACAAAAAAAAAAA